CGGUCGACGACAGCUAGUGCCAUCCUCCCACAGCUCUUCCAAACUCCCUUCCAAAACCUCCAAUUUGAAAAUAUAUAUAUAGCCAACCUGCAACAUACCAACCAUCCCCUUCAUAAUUUUCAACCAUCCAUUAGCCGGGGGCUAUAACCUAGCUACUUCCUCUCCAAACCACCGUAGGUGGCGGCCGAAUUAAGAUCGGAACUAGUGAGAAUGGAGUUGUCCCCGGUUAACAUGUCGUGGACGAACGAGAAGCACGUCAAGUUUUUGAACAGCAUGGAGGAAUCCUUCGUGCGUGCCAUGUUUGAGAAGAAGAAGAACAAGGAUCACCGUCAUCUUCCUCAUCUUCCCCGUCUCGACCGCUACUUGCCGGACACCUCCGACUCAACCCUGGAUCUCAAAACCAGCAGCAGAAUCACCAAAAACCGUAACUCCUUACAAGGUGGCAGAAUGGCCGGUCGAAGUGAAAAAAGAUCGAGGACGGUAUCAUCUCAGCCUUCCAAAACAUCACAAGAUCAGAUUGAAAUCAGAACGGCCGGUGAUAAAGAUGAGAUAGAGCAACAAAAUGUUAAUGUACCAGAUCAGCUGGCAGUGGCUGCACCAAUCAACUGAUCAGAUCAACCGGCCAUCCAUGGAUAUGAUUAGAUCUUGCUAACGUUAAUCUUAGCAUUAAUAAUUGAGUAAUGAUAUUCUUACCACAAUUCUAUAUAACAUUUCUUUACUAUCUUAA